AUGCAUUAUCACCUAAAGCAUCUACACGCAGGCCCUCAAUUGCUGCAGUCUAUCCUGUCUCAAGAGGUUUGGAUAUUAUCAGCCCGCAGCGUGAUAAGAUCUGUGAUUUUCAAGUGUCAAAGAUGUUUCAGACUUAAGCCUGUAAAUAAACCUCCACUGAUGGGAGAUCUUCCUGAAACUCGAUUAAAACCUGUAAGGCCAUUCUAUCACACUGGCAUGGACUAUAGUGGACAUUUUGACAUUAAAGUUCAUUCAACUAGGAACGCUCAACGGUUAAAAUCAUACCUCUGCCUCUUUGUAUGUUUUGCUACAAAAGCUGUGCACCUAGAAAUUGUAACAGACCUAUCUGUAGACUCCUUCAUAGCUGCACUAAAACGUUUUGUUUCUCGUCGUGGAUUGUGUGCCAACUUAUACUCAGAUUGUGGAACUAACUAUGUUGGAGCCUCAAAGCAACUCAUGAAAACUUUUCAGAAUUUCAUCAAGGAAUCAAACACUAAAGAUGCUCUUAACAACUUCGCGUUAGAUCAUUCAAUAAAUUUUCACUUUCAACCACCAGCCGCUCCCCACCAAGGAGGCCUAUGGGAGAGUGCUAUAAAAAGCUCUAAAUAUCAUCUGAAAAGAGUCAUAGGCGAUAGAGUUCUAACACUAAUGGAAUUAAUAACACUCGCCACACAGGUGGAGGCUGUACUAAACUCGAGACCCUUAACAGCGUUAUCCGCUGAUCCAUCUGACAUCUCAGCCCUUACUCCGGGUCAUUUUCUUAUCGGCACUUCUCUUGUGGCAGUACCGGAACCAAAUCUUGAAGAAGUUCCCGAAAAUCGUCUCAACCAUUGGCAAACUGUACAAGCCCUACAUCAACGCUUCUGGCGACGUUGGCAUCAAGAAUAUUUACAUCAGCUACAACAAAGAAAGAAAUGGGAAAAGCCCAACAAGAAUCUAGAAGUGGGUGAUCUCGUUAUAAUUCAGGACCCUAGAACACCACCACUACUUUGGCCUCUUGGACGCAUAGUGAGGACUUCGCCUGGAUCAGACGGCAUCGUCCGAGUUGUCACCAUCAAGACUCAGCGGGGAACCUUCUGUCGUCCUGCUACCAAGGUGUACCCGCUCCCCUGA